ACACCAGCAGGUUCACAUCUACGACUUUAUUCUUUUCGGCUGGAUUUAUUUCUUCAUAACUUUGUUCCUACUGCGUUUUUAUCUGGUGGAGUAAUAUGUAAAUAUUUAUGACAGUACACUCGUCCACUGACUGGAGAUGAGCGGAUUAAAUGUACUGUCUUAAAUGAGCGGCGGUAAUUGCAUGGUGACGCUGGUUAUUACCCAUCUCCACGGAAGAUGACUAAGACGCUCACUGCCAUUCCUCUGGUGGCAUUACUCGUUGGGCUCAACAAUGUCGCAGCGAUUGAGCUGAAGUUCAUUCCUGACCCUCCAUGGCUCAACGUCCAGGACAGGAUUCACAGAAUCAACGUCACGGAAACGCUGGAGCUUCGAUGCAGUGGGCGGCAGCAGCUGGAGUGGGCCACGCCCUUUAACCGCAGCCUGGCUGAGGGGCGUGUCUCUCUGAGCGACUGUAGCGGCGCCGGGCUCUUCUGCUCCGCCCUGCUCAUCGCCAGGGCAACGGCCAAUGAGACGGGAGAGUACCGCUGCUCCUACCGCCUCCUGCCUGUGGAGGACGGCAAGACCUCCGUCUACGUCUACGUCUACGUACAGGACUACAGGGUUCCAUUUGUGCGUUCGUCGCAGAGCUACGAUGUGGUGUUCAUCCGGGAGGGGCAGCAGGUGGUGAUUCCGUGCCUGGGGUCGGUGGAGGACCUGAAUGUCACACUGUACACGAAGUACCCCAAGAAGGAGCUGUUUCCGGACGGCCAGGACCUGCUGUGGGACAGCCGCAGGGGCUUCAUCCUGCCCAGCCACCUGAUCAGCUACGCCGGCGUGGUCUUCUGCCAAACGCACAUCCACAACCACACCUUCCAGUCCUCUCUCUACAUCGUGGCUGUCGUAGGAUACAGGAUCCAUGACGUGUGGGUCAGCCCUGCGCUCCAGAGACUGGCUGUGGGGGAGCGUCUGCAGCUCAACUGCACCGCCCGCACCGAGCUCAACGUGGGCGUGGACUUCCAGUGGACCUAUCCGCCGGGCAGGGGCCACUCGAACGCCUCAGAGACCCGCUUCCAUAAGAAGAAGCUGUGGGAUUCUCUGGAGCUCUCCAGCGCACUCAUCCUGGACAACGUGUCAAUCAGUGACAGCGGGGACUACGUCUGCUCCGCCUCCAGCGGCCAGAUGACCAAAACCAGCAGAGCCACUCUGGUGGUCUACGAGAAGCCCUUCAUCAUCCUGAAUGCCCAGGCUGUAGGGACAGUGGAGGCAACUCUGGGAGACAGAAUGGUGAAGAUCCCAGUGAAGUACUACGCCUAUCCACAGCCUGAAGUCAAGUGGUUGAAGAACGGGCAGUCUCUGAGUCGUGAGGAGCAGAAGUACCGGGUGAAGCUGGGGAGGGAUGCUCUGACACUCUACGACGUGGCAGAGAGGGAUUCUGGGAGCUACACUGUGGUGCUGAGGAACCCUUCCACCAAGGAGGAGCGGAGGCGGUCCUUCCAGCUGCUCGUCAACGUCCCGCCCCAGAUCUUUGAGAAGGAGAUGGGGGGGGGCGGGGACAUCCACAUGUUUGGCAGUAGCCCCUCCCUCCGCUGCACCGUGCGGGGAAGCCCCUCCCCCAUCGCUGUCCAAUGGCAGUGGAUGCCCCUGGAGGACUGCCCUCUCAACUUCCUGUCUGGCGGCUGGAAAGUGGAGGUGUUGCAGAAAGAGUGCACAGAAUGGAGAGACAUCACCAACAACACCGGGCUGAAUCCCAUCGACAGCCUGACCACAGACACCAACCGCUUCAACAAGACGGUCAGCUCGCUGAAGAUCCAGAAAGCUCAGGUGCACGCCCUGUACAGGUGCCUCGCCUCAAACAAAGCCGGCCGAGACGAGCGCAUCAUCUUCUUCCAUGUGACACGCGGGUUGGAGCUCACUCUGUGGCCAGUGGAGGAUCCUCUCGAGCAGGCUGACGUGGUGUUGAAGUGUAAGGCUGAUAAGCUGAUCUACAGGAACCUGCGCUGGUUCCGGCUGGGAGGGGAGCAGUGGAGUCCAGCUCACUUCCUGCCCGUGCAGCCGUGCCGUGGCCUGGCCCUGCCCCCUCGGCCCCUGCCCCAGGCAGUGCUCUCUGGCCUGGGGGGGCCCAACGUCACGCUCGACCUGCCCCUCUCCAACCUGUCCCACAGAGACCAGGGCCUCUACGCCUGCCAGGUGGAGAACACCAAGACCAGGGAGACUACCUGCCUCCUACACCGUCUGGAGCUCACAGCUCUCCAGCGCUCCAGGAUCCUGGCGAACCUCACAGACCAGAGAGUGAACGUGAGUGACACCACCACCCUCCUGUGCCCUGCGACCGGGACGCCCAGGCCCACCGUCCUCUGGACCAAGAACAACCACACCCUGCGGGAGGGGUCAGGUGUGGUCCUCACGCAGGCGAAUCAGACGCUGACGAUCCAGCGGGUGAAGAAGGAGGACAGCGGGGUGUACGUCUGCCGCGCCUGUAACCGGCUGGGCUGUGAGAGCCGCCACGCCGAGAUCCACGUAGAGGGUGCGGAGAAGAAGACCAAUGUGGAGCUGAUUGUGCCCAUCGGCUCAGUGGUGAUCGCCAUGUUCUUCUGGCUCAUCAUAGUCUUCGUCAUCCGCAGCAGAAAACGGCCGGGGUACCAUGGCGAUCUGAAGCCGGGGUACCUGUCAAUCAUGGUGGAGUCUGAAGACCUGCCCAUGGACGAGCAGUGUGAGCGGCUGACCUACGACCCCAACAAGUGGGAGUUCCCCCGAGACCGCCUCAAACUAGGUGAGCCACUGGGCCGGGGAGCGUUCGGUCAGGUGGUUGAGGCAGCAGCGUUUGGGAUUGAGAAAGCCACCUGCACCACCGUGGCAGUGAAGAUGCUGAAAGAGGGCGCUACCUCCAGUGAGUACCGGGCACUGAUGUCUGAGCUGAAGAUCCUCAUUCACAUUGGCCAUCAUCUCAAUGUGGUCAACCUGCUGGGAGCCUGCACCAGGCCUGGAGGCCCGCUGAUGGUGAUUGUGGAGUACUGCAAGUAUGGAAAUCUCUCCAGCUACCUAAAGAGUCAGCGGGCAGCCUAUGUGCCUUUUAAGAGGAGGCCCCACAGGGAGGAGGCGGGGCAGGGCCAGGGGGAGGAGGAGCUGCAGGAGGGGGACCUGGGAUUGGGAGCGAGCCACGAAAGCACCAGUCUCUCCAUGGAGGAUCUGAUCAGCUACAGCUUCCAGGUGGCCAAAGGCAUGGAGUUCCUGUCCUCCCGCAAGUGCAUCCAUAGAGACCUUGCUGCCAGGAACAUCCUGCUCUCUGACAGUAACGUGGUGAAGAUCUGUGACUUCGGCCUGGCCAGAGACGUGUACAAAGACCCCGACUACGUCAGGAAAGGAGACGCACGAUUGCCGCUGAAGUGGAUGGCUCCUGAGACCAUAUUUGACCGUGUUUACACCACGCAGAGUGAUGUCUGGUCUUUCGGGGUCCUGCUGUGGGAGAUAUUCUCCCUGGGAGCGUCCCCGUACCCUGGCGUGGGGAUUGAUGAGUCGUUCUGUCGGCGGCUGAGAGAAGGAACACGUAUGAGAGCGCCGGAUUAUGCCAGCCCCGAGAUAUAUCGGACCAUGUUGGAGUGUUGGUUGGACAGACCCACGGACAGACCAACCUUCGCUGAACUGGUGGAGCAUCUGGGAAAUCUGCUGCAGGCCAGUGCACAGCAGGAUGGGAAGGAUUACAUCCCCGUGACGACAGUGGAAGGAGGGUGUGGCUUGUCAGGCAAGCGCCCCAUUGGUGGGACUGACCACCAGCUCCUCUAUGACAACGCCCCGCCCCUCAGAUUUCCACAGACAGACGGGUGCAGUCGGCCCGUGAGUGAAGAAGCCUUUGAUCGAUUGGUGGAACACAGCGUCGCCAUGGAUGGACAGACAGACAGCCAAGUGGCCCCCUCAACAUCCCAAACCCCUAACCUCAGUCCCCUCCUCCACUAUAAGAGCCGGGAGUCCCUGGCCUCUGAAUCGUCCAAUCAGACGAGCGGGUACCAGUCGGGGUACCACUCUGACGAGGCUGACGCGCCGCUCUAUGCUAACGAGGAGAUGAUGCUGAAGAAGAGCAUCUUUACAGGCCCCUCCCUGAAGAAUGCCCCCACUUACAGCACCGAGGUCCGGUACAGCACCCCCCCAGUGUAGAAAUACCCCCCAGUGUAGAAAUACCCCCACCCCUAAGCCCCCCAGUGUAGAAAUACCCCCCAGUGUAGAAAUACCCCCCAGUGUAGAAAUACCCCCCAGUGUAGAAAUACCCCCACCCCUAAGCCCCCCAGUGUAGAAAUACCCCCCAGUGUAGAAAUACCCCCACCCCUAAGCCCCCCAGUGUAGAAAUACCCCCCAGUGUAGAAAUACCCCCCAGUGUAGAAAUACCCCCCAGGGUAGAAAUACCCCCCAGUGUAGAA